UCGCAGAAGGAACGCAAUGGAAUGAAGCACCGUAGAACACAAUACAAAACAUUACGAUCUGCAAGAAGUAUUUUAAAAAACGUAAUUGAUGAUAACGUUAAGAAUGUUAAUGUAUAUAAACAUUAACUUAUGGAUAUGAAUGUAUAUAAAUCUUAAUUUAUUCAUAUUUUGUAUAAAAUACUGUAAAUAUAAAAUUUUUAUUUACCUUUACUUGUUGCUUUGCUUGUUCUUAUGCAAACGUAAUAAUUUGCUUAGUUGCAAUGCACACAGAUAUCUCUGAGCAAAGGUGAAAUGUCAUCUUCGGAGAACUGAUAUAAUUUAUAUUCAUAUGUUAGAGUGAGCCACAUGUCAAACUAUUGAUACAAAUAUUUUCUUUCCAAGUUCGAAAGCAGUAUGCUCCUUGAUCAAGGAAUUUCAAAUGGCGUCGGUGAGUUGCUGACUAUUGUUUUCAACUGGUAAAUUCGAGUUUUCAACAAACUCAAUUAUAAAUUCUACAAUUUCAUUACCUCAUUAUCACUUUGCACGUGAAAUUGAAGUAUAGUCUUUUCCAAAUGUAAUUCGUUAAUCUUAAAACUUAACUAUCAAGCUACGGCAAGAUCUUUUAAUAAAUAUGGAGUGAUUCAUAUUUAUUUUUGUAUUUGUUAUCUUCAAGACAUAUUUGGACAACUUCAAAAUUAUUUAUCUAAAAAUGGUAUAUUGAAAACUAAUUCCUCUGAUUAGAAUUCAUAUUUUAUAAAAUUAUUAUUAUUAUUAUCAUAAAGCGAUUGUGCUACGAUGUAUUUAUAUAUUUUAAAGUAAACCUGAAUAUUUUAACCAUUUUUAAGAUGGAUUGCAAUAACAAAUCCAAAAAUGAUAAAGAUCCAUCUCAACAAAAUCAUGAAGAACAUACGGAAAUCAUUGUGCCAUCUAUAUUAACAAGUUUAACAACAACUUUUCAAAGUACUGAUCAGGUGGGUGAAAUCACUGAAGAUUAUGAGAAUUUUAUUAGUACGUCGGCUGUACUUCAUUAUUGUAAACAUAAAAUAUUGAGGCCAUAUUUGAGAUUGUUGGGAGUAAUGGGAUUGAGACCAGUCAGUGGUGAUGAUUCCGAUCAUUUUUUACGAUGUUCUAUUUUAGCAAAUUUUCAUACUGUUCAAGUGACUAUAUUUAUGUGUAUUGGAUAUAUUUUGCAGUAUAUGGCAUGUUUCAGAAGAGACCGUGGAUUCUGUUAUAAAACACCAAUAGUAGAGCAAAAGGCGCUGGACGUCAGUGAAGAACGGGCGCAGGGAGAACCGUCUUGCUAUGGAAAUGUGAUAUUUAGCUAUUUAAUUCCAAGCGUACUGCACUUGGUAGCGUAUUUGUAUACAAUAUAUCUAUUUCGCGUGAAGGAAAACGAACAAUUGCAGAAUUUGAUGGAAAGAGCUUUUUUGCUCUCUUCGAACCCGAUAAAUCGUGGCAAUCAAAAGCGCCUCGUACACAUACUGUGGUUGUUCAUAGCGUUGAGCAUAGUGUGGAUGAUUAUGGCACUGGUUACAGUGAACAUUCAAAUGGCAGAAGGAAACAUUAUAUUUCAAUGGAUGGAAAAUAGCCCGUAUCAGGUGAAGAUAACGUUGAAAGUACUCCUAAUCAUCUGUACCUUAUGGCAUGACAUGGUUCAGGGAACUAUUAUAACAAGCUACUGCCUGCAGGGACAAUUAUUGAUGUCACAUCUUUACUUUCUACGCGGAAAGUUGCUCCAGCAUAUUCUGCUACCCAUCGAUUGGAUGAGGGACAUCGAUGAGUUUAAGAAACUGUUGAAAUACUUCAAUGAUGAAUUGGGCCCAGCUGUUUGUAUUUACACAAUAGUUAAUUUGUCUUGGGCAGGCGCCGGUAUCGUAUGGUUGUUUCAAUAUUAUAUUAACGAUGAGAACAACAAUCCAGUUACUUAUAUUAAUGUAAUGAAUGUUAUAUUAUGGAUUUUAAUUUCGAUCGUUCCAUUCAUACAGGCUGCUCGUUUAACGAAUGCUUGUUCCAUGAUCCGAGCUGUAGGACAUGAAAUACGCAUACGGCCGUUUGUGUAUCAAACUACACCAGGCGAAGAUCUUGAUAGUAUACUCUUGUAUACAUCUUCCUUAAAAAUGUGCGCCAGAUUAUUUAGGAUACCCAUUAAAGGUAGAUAUUUAUGUCUUUUGCUAACUAUUGGUAGUAUUUCUAUUCUUACUUUAGGACAGUGCCAAUUCUUCUCAUAA